AUGGUUCAAGAAACAGCGAAUAGCAUUGUUGAUAAAAAUAGUAUCGAAAAUUUAGAUGAAAAACGAAAAAAAGUUGGUAAUUAUGUUAUUUUGAAAACAAUUGGAGAAGGUUCAUUUGCCAAAGUUAGAUUGGGCAUUCAUCUUGUCACCGAUAUGAAGGUUGCUGUUAAAGUAAUCAAUAAACGUGAAGUAUUUAAACGUAAUUAUUUACGAGCAAAUUUGAGACGUGAAGCAUCGAUGAUGCAACGUAUGCAACACUCAAAUAUUGUUCAAUUACACGAAGUAAUGGAAACAGAAAAUUCAUAUUAUAUUGUCAUGGAUCUUGUACAAGGACAAGAAUUUGUUAAAUAUUUAACAAAAAAACGUCAAUUAGAUGAAAAUGAAACACGACGGUAUAUUCGACAAAUCGUAUCGGCUGUUGAUCAUAUGCAUCGAGCACACGUUAUACAUCGAGAUAUUAAAUUACAAAAUUUUAUGCUCGAUCAAAAUAAUGAUAUUGUUAUUAUUGAUUUCGGCCUCAGUAAUAGUCUAGAUGAAAAAGGAUUUUUGACUACUCAAUGUGGAUCACCAGCAUAUGCAGCACCUGAAAUAUUUGCUCAUCAAGAAUAUGGACCAGCUGUUGAUGUAUGGAGCAUAGGUGUAAAUAUGUAUGCAAUGCUACUUGGUAAAUUGCCAUUUAAAGUUGAACAUAGAAGUAGAAAUUUAGCAAAAUUACAUGCAUGUAUACUGAAAGGAUGUGAAAUACCCAAUACAUUAUCUAAAGAUUUAUUAAGUCGAUUAUUAGAACCAUCUCCAACAAAACGAAUAUCAAUGCAAGAAAUAUUACGUCAUCCAUUUAUGAAUUAUCAAUUGGGUCCCGUUGAAAUUAUUCCCUAUAAACCAAAUGCUGAUAUGAGAGAAAUCAAUCGAAGUAUUAUCAAAUAUCUUGUCGUGAAACAUGAUUAUAAUGAACGUGAAAUUGAAGAAGCCGUAUUACAUCGUAAACCUGUAGCAGCACGUGCACUCUAUACUCUUAUUGAACGUCGUUUAAAAGAAGGCUUAGGAUGGCCUGAUCGAACCUAUACUGAUAAAGUCCCAACAAAUAUAACAACAACAACAACAGUAUUGACUACUGAUAUUGUUACCGAUAAACUUGGUCGUGGUGAACCAUUAUUACCAAGACGACGAAGUAUUACACAACAGCAAUCUAAAUUAACACGUGAAAAGUCAAAUUAUGCAUUUGAAGACAACGUUCUGUUACGUGGUCGUAGUACAAAUACACCAAAUCUAACACAAGAUGCUGCUAAUGAACUAUUUCGUAAUGAUGUUGUAUCACCAAGUCGUUUAGCAAAUAGAAAACUUUAUCAUGAUAUAGUUUUACGUAAAAAUUCGUCAUCACGUGAUCGUCUAUCGAACGAUAUUAACAAUGAUGGUGAUCAAGACUUUAUUCCUACUCCUUAUCUUGGUGAUAAAUCACCAAUGUUCACUACAAAACGUACGCCGACAAACGAAUUUUAUACUAGAAAUAAUUUAUUACCAUUAAGACGAGAUAUCGGUUUAUCAUUUAAACAAAGUCAACAACAAUUACAAGAUUAUCAUCCAUCAUCUAUAACACCACAACCACAAGGUCAACAACAAAAUGGACGAACUAUAUUACUUAAUAAUCAACGUACAAAACCUCGUAGUCUGCCUAAUAGUACAUUGGAUCAUGCAAAUCAAAAUGGAUUUCAUAUUCCAUCACCUGAAAUACGAACUCCAAAAGCUCUUAGUAGAACAUCGAAUAUUGAUAUUAAAAAACAAUUAUCACCGGUUAGAUAUAAUCCUGCUCAAUCAUUAACGGUAAAACAUAUUGGAUUAUUUUUGAAAAAUUCUGCAUUACACUCUCGUGUCAGUUCGUGUAGUAGUAAAUCAAGUAAAUCGACGGGCACAUCGUUAGUUGAUGGUCAAUCACCACCAUCAAAAUAUAAUCAACCAACACAUCAAUUUACAACGACAACAACACCAUCAAAACCUUCAAUUAUUAACUAUAGUUCACAUCAAAACUUAUCGAGAAAUCUCGGUAAAACUGCGCAUACUAAACAACCUGGUGGUCCAUCGACAAAUACACACAUUCAACAUUUAAUACCACAAAAAUUAAUGCCAACUUGA